CUUCUUCUCCGUCGCCUCUCGUUUCGUGUUUUCUCAAUUUCCCUCUCUAGCGACGCUUGUUCUUUGCCUUCUUCUAUUUGUUGGCAGCUCUCUGUAGAUUCUGGAAGUCCCUAAUGGAGACCACGAAGAAGAAUGAAGCGCAGAGCAAAGCUAGAAAGAAGUUCACGGCUGGCGUUCUUGGAGCGAACGCCAUGAUCGAAGGAGCUUCGAGCUUCAUUGGCAGCUUAGUCGAGAAAGGUAUAUCGGAAAACGGCUUCAACAAACCUUUCCGGCCGAUUCCGCCGCCCAGGCCCACCGUUAUCCCCUUUCCAGUCGCUCGCCACCGCGCGCAUGGGCCGCACUGGAAUGCUAUGACCAACAAGAAGGGAGGGAAUGAGAACAGUAGAAAUGAUGAUGGAAAAAGAAGAAUAGGAGGAGGAUAUUGACCCUACGGAUUAUGAUCCAGUUUCGGCUUUUGCGAAUUCGGUAGAGAGGAAGGUGAAGAAGGGUUGGAAAGUUAGUCGUUGGAAAGAGCUUGCGCGUGAGAGUUCGUCGGAGGAGGGUAAGGUACACUGCGCGAAAAGAAGACCAAGACGCUGACGAAGGAUGGAAAAAGAGGUGGCAAUGUUGAUAACAAGUCCUCUGUAGGUAAUGACGUUCUAAUGGAAGUGGAGUUGGAGCCCGUUAUGAGUUCUUCGGUUCGCCAAACUGAAGUGGAUGAGCCGAUGUAUGUUGAACUUGAAUUCACUGCAGAGCAGCCUCGGAGAGUGAAGACGAAAAAUAAUGUGAUCUCAGAAAAGCUGAGGAAGCAGAAGCAGAGAACUUCAAAUGGAGCUCCUAGUUUCAUAUUCAAUUGAUAAGGCCCUGGGUAGGGUCUUUAUGAUCAGAGUCUCGCAGCAAACGAAUUGAGCUUGACUCAAUCCAAAACUCAGCAACUAUGGAUGGUUCGAAUGAUGGAACGGUCAAUUUCGUGCAAUCCUUCACGCAGAGAAAGGCUCGAAAUAGAUAGGUCGAUGCUUGGCCACGAUCAAGGUGUUGAAUUGAUCGAUACAAGCUCACGAUUGCUUAGAAUCGUCCAAGCAAUCCAACUCAAUUCCUCACGCAACUAGCGAGAUGAACCAAAGCUCAACUUUGUAUUCGAUUGAUCGAAAAACUGAAUAUUACAUUGAAUCAACUACUCUUAAAUAGACCUAGCAAUUCCUAACAACGUCUGAAUAAGUUCAAUUACAAUUCUACUUGGAAAAGGAAGCAAAACAAGACAAGGAAACCAACUAAGCUAAACUGUCGACUAAUCCUAAUCCGGCUAGGAUUCGGAUUACUUAUUUUCCAGGCAGAAUUUUCAGUCUCGAAGCGAUCUUUAGCCCCCUCGUUCGAGCCCUUGUAGACAUCACCUUGAUCAGCCAAUACCUUGUCGAUAAACUAGGAGAAACCAGCUUUCAUGUGGUGUGAAUGUGGAGGCUCGACUCUUUCCCAUCUUCCUUAACUCGAGCUUCAAAGAGCCUUUCCCAACUCUGCAAUUAUACUUAGAAAAAUCUGGCAGUUCCUCCAGUGUUGAGCUAGCAUUUUGAUCACCUCGGAAACUCAGCCUCUCGACUUCUCCUUGAGCUCCAAAGCCUACUGAUUGAAAGAGCAGUUCCUCUUCUUCAACACAAGCUAAAGAACUCGAGUUUCCAUCACACCAAUUGAGAAUUAUGCUCGUCCAAAGUGGGUACCUGAAAUCGUCACAAACACUUAGACAAAAAUCAGUAUUUUCUAAUGUGUUUAGAUUGCCUUCAUGAACGAUCAAUUCCCAUCGUUUUAAUGGCCAAGUUGAGAUCAUAUCAUCAAUGAUACUGGAGUUGCGCAAAGGUCUAUGUCGCUUGGGAGUGAGAUUGAUGUGGAGAAUCGUGCUCGGUUACAAAAUAUGUCAGCCGAAGAGAUUGCAGAAGCACAGGCUGAGAUAAUGGAGAAGAUGAAUUCUUCACUGCUGAACUUACUGAAAAAGAGAGGUCAACAGAAGUUGAAGCAGCAGAAUGUUUCUGAAUCAGAUGUGGCGCUAGAAAAAGAACCUGCAAAUGGUCCAUCAAUCGAAGAUUCAAGUGCUCAUUCACGUGUAGCAAAUGAUAUUCCUAAUGUGAUAAAAAAAUCAUAACCUGAAAAAUGAAAAUCCAGAAACACCUAGCAGCUGUACUUCAUGGAAUGCUUGGAGUGACAGAGUGGAGGCUGCUAGGGGAGUAAGAUUUUCUUUGGAGGGGAAUGUCAUCCCUGUAGAUUUUGAGACUGGUAAAUGUGACUGUUGUAUAUCUUUUUUUAUGUUUAUGGGUCGGAUACUCUUCCAAGAUAGUAGUGUCUUCGGUUUCUUGGAAUGCAGGUUAAGUAUUAGGCUUAAUGAUGCUGAAUGAAAGCAAUGCCUGCCAUAAACUUUACUGUUUGCU